AUUGUUCCUCUCUCUUCUUCCCUCCCUCUCUUCCCCCUGCCUUAACUAUGAGUGGGGUCGCGAGGAACCCAGCAAUGAGUCUGUCAUUUGGGUUCGUGAUGAACCCAGACAACCUGGGUUCAUCGCGAACCAAGGAAUGGGUACCUAAGGAAUCCAGAUAUGGUUUCUUUGUGAACCGAGGAAUAGGUUCCUAAAGAACCUAAGUUCGUGAAUGGGUUCCUGAGGAACCCAGAUCUGAGUUAUUCACGAAUCGAGGAAUCCAGAUAUGGGUUUGUACCAACCCAGGAACUGAUUUUGGUCUUCCUUCUUGUUCUUAACUCCUUCAUGGUGUUUUCUCUCAGGAUGUCUCUCUAGAGGACACCUCGAACAUCGGACCACAUGAAGAACCGUGUUGCACAGAGAAUGUCUCAAUAGAGACUAAGCGCCUCGUGCCAAUUGCUAGUGAGUUGCUGCUUAUUCUACAACUCUUCCUCUUCAUCAUUUAGGUAUUUCUCCUUCAUCACUAGUUGUCUGUCCAGAAGCUCGUCCAUGGUGUUCGGUCUAUUGUGCAAGAGUCACCAGAGGGGAACGAUGUCAUGUUGGUGAACAAAUUUCAGAAGAAUUACUAGACUUUGGCAGUAGCCUUCCAAGUCUGCGUCUGGGUUCGAAAGAAAGAAAGAGAAAGAAAGAAAGGGAAGAAGAGGGAUUAGGAGGGGAGGGUAAUAAUGUAAUUUUAUUUUU